UAAACUAAAAUGGCGUCCAGUGUUUAGUACGUUCAUAAGGCGUAGGUUGUCGGUUUGUUUCUAAAGAAAAGUCCAUUUUUGGUACUACCAUGUUAUAAGUAACUAAUAACUAGUUUUUUAAGACCAGUUCUUCGGAUUUACAUCACUAUGUGGUACAUUUCGACGGAUAUUCAUCGUUAUUAAGAUGUUACCAUAUUUAAAACAUCACAAAUAAUUCGAAAGCCAAACGAUCACAAUGGGCAACAUAACGUGUUGUAAUGACUUGAAGCGUUCAAACAAAUCCUUCCCACCUAAAUCAGAUCCGUCAAGUAAUGGUGAUGUACCUCGAUAUAUUCCUGAUUUAUCCGCUCGGAGACCGGAUUUUAUCCGUCCGAGACCGUAUCAACACGACGUCCCCGGCCCCGGCCCCAGAAGAAUUGUGGUUGCAUUGUACAAUUAUACAGCCAGAGAUGCCACGGAUGUUUCAUUUCGAAAAGGCGAUCGUAUGGAAAUUUUAAAUGCCACAGAAGGCGAUUGGUUUACCGUUAGACACAUUGAUACAAGAAGGGAAGGUUUAAUUCCUGGUAAUUUUGUUGCCGAUGAAGAAACUAUACAAAGUGAAGACUGGUUUUUUGAAAACGUCUCUAGAAAGGAAGCUGAAAAAUUAUUGCUUGGUAACAACAAUUCAAGAGGAACAUUUUUAGUACGUCCCUCAGAGCACAAUCCCGACGGUUACUCUUUAUCCGUCAAAGAUUGGGAAGAACAUCGUGGGUAUCAUGUAAAACAUUACAAAAUAAAAUCGUUAGAUAAUGGUGGUUAUUACAUUUCAACAAACAAAACCUUCCGCACUCUAAGCGACUUAGUUGAUGCGUAUUCUCGUAACGCUUAUGGUUUAUGCCACGUUUUAUCUAGCGCUUGUCCGAAACCGCAACCACAAAUUUGGGAUUUUGGUCCAUCUUAUGUAGACAGUUGGGAAAUUCCUCGUGAUGAAAUUCAAUUAAUACGUCGUUUAGGAAGAGGUAAUUUUGGAGAAGUUUAUUAUGGUAAAUGGAAGAAUACGAUUGAAGUUGCUGUAAAAACCUUACGUGAAGGUUCAAUGUCAACGCAAGCGUUUUUAGAAGAAGCGGCAAUUAUGAAAAAGUUUCGACAUAAAAGAUUGGUGGCUUUAUACGCGGUUUGUAGUAAAGAAGAACCAAUUUAUAUUGUUCAAGAAUACAUGUCUAAAGGAAGUUUAUUAGAUUUUCUACGAAAAGAAACGAAAAAAUUAGAAUUUGAAGAAUUGGUAGAUAUCGCUUUUCAAGUAGCUUCUGGAAUGGAAUACUUAGAAUCUCGACAACUUAUCCAUCGUGAUCUUGCCGCUAGAAACGUAUUAAUCGGUGAAAAUAACGUAGCAAAAAUCUGCGAUUUUGGUUUAGCUCGUGUUAUCGAAGACAAUGAAUAUUGUCCAAAACAAGGAUCUAGAUUUCCCGUUAAAUGGACUGCACCGGAAGCAAUCAUGUUCGGCAAAUUUUCAAUUAAAUCGGACGUUUGGUCGUACGGAAUUUUAUUAAUGGAAUUAUUUACGUAUGGACAAAUCCCAUAUCCAGGUAUGAACGGAAGGGAGGUUAUGGAUCAGGUCCAAAGAGGUUAUCGUAUGCCGAAACCAACUAAUCAUUAUGUACCUGACGACAUUUAUAGGAUAAUGUUGAAUUGUUGGGACGGUAAUCCUGAAAAUAGACCAACGUUCGAGUUCCUUACCCAUUACUUUGAAGGAUUUAGUGUUACUUCAGAGAUUCCUUAUCGAGAAGUUCUUGACUAAAAAAAAAGAUAUGGUAAAUAUUGAAAUGGAAAAGGUUUUAAAUAAUAUUCCUAAUGCAAGAAUACUGCCAAAUUUUGAGCAUAAAUAUGUUCAAUAAAAUAGAACCUCUAGUUACAGAGAUUAGAGCGGGGUCAUUAAUUUGCUUCUGGCCAGAUUUAUAUUGAUACUCAUUAUAAAACGUGAAAUAA